CUAGGGAUCCUCCCCUGUCCAGUCGCCGCCGCCGCUGUCUCCAUUCCCUCGGGAUCACCAGCGAUCCAGCCGCUGCUCUCCACCUCGCAACCGACCACACACACCCAGCCUCAUCCAGCCAGCCACCUUCCACCUUGAUCUGGAGCCACCAGAUCAAGAUCCGAUGGCCCCUAGGCCACCAGUUCAUCCCCACCGGUCCACCACAGUGCCCCGCAGCCACGAUCCGGCCUUGAUCUUCUCUGCCUCGACGGAGCAGCCGUCGCCGGCCUCCAGGAACGGCUGCUCUGCAUCGUCCUCGCGCGCCUCCUUCCUCGAGCAGGAGCUCGACCUGCUGCCGGCGACCUCGUGCCCGACCUCCAGAUCCCCCCUCCGUCCCGCGAGCAGCAGUAGACCGUGGCGCCACCACCGGAGCUCGCCGCUGCCGGGAAUCGCCGUCUUUCGCCGGAGUUUGCGUCCUCGUCCUGGAUCCGCGCUGUCGCCUCCUACCUGUGCGUCGUGCGCGGGAACCGACAAGACUCCGGCGCCAUGGCCUUCCCCACCUCUGCCCGAGCGCCUCCAGGACCUCGUCUGCCCCGCCGCAUCACCAAAUCCGGCCACCAGGACCCUCCAGCGCCGUCGCUUCCUUCCUCCUGUUGCUCGAUCCACUGUUUCGCGAACGAGGAGACGAGCGCCUCGCCUGCGCGUUGACCGCGUCCCCUCCCUUGUUCGAUCCAGCAGCGCGCCUCCAGAUCCGCUCCAAGGCCCAGCCAGCCUCCUCCAGGCCCCGCGGUCCAGCGGCCUCCAGGCCCAGCGAGCACCUCGCCGGUUCGCUCCCGUUGACGAGCGCGUGGGCCAGCGCCCCUGGCCCAUCUUCCCCCGCGGCCUGCCAGGCCUCCUCCACCGACCUGGGCCGAGCCCAUGGGUGAGAACCCCCCCAAGUGCCCCUGUCCUGUGCAGCCCGGUAGACUAGAUUCGGCCCGCAUGUAUUUUUUUUUACCUGCCUGCGAAUUUUGUCAUUAUCCGUAGAAUUACAGAAUUGCAGAAAACCCCCUGUUGUUCAUGCAUUUAAUAACUCACAAAAUAUGCAUCAUAUGUAAAUAAUUUAUAUAUGUAAAAUAC